AGGGUAACAGCAGAAGCGGCAAGUCGAAGAAAUCUGCGGUGGUCAAAGAUGAAAUCAUUCAAGGAAGAAUUGACGUUAGAUGAAAGGCUCGCGGAAUCGAGAGAGAUCAUCGCUAAGUACCCUACUCGGAUCCCAGUAAUUGCUGAGAAGUAUUGUAAAACCGAUCUGCCUGCAAUCGAGAAAAAGAAGUUUCUGGUUCCACGAGAUAUGUCGGUUGGACAAUUCAUAUACAUCUUGAGUGCUAGAUUACACUUGUCUCCUGGUAAAGCCUUGUUCGUCUUCGUCAACAACACUCUCCCUCAAACUGCUACUUUAAUGGACUCUAUCUAUGAAACUUACAAAGACGAAGAUGGGUUCGUUUACAUGUGCUACAGCAGUGAGAAAACUUUUGGUUGAUAAACCAAAUCAUGUUUGUACAUAUACACUUCUUCAUAAGCUGUUGUUGUUCACUAUUUCAUAAGAGCUUGUAAGCUUAUGUCAAAGUACUGCUUGUUUUUAUCUGCAAACAUUUUCUACGACAAUCGCAGCUCCGUUGUGUAUUUUCCACAAAACGCUCUCUGUUUGUCAUCAUUGUUUAUCUUUUUCAGACAGCAAAC